AUGGGGGGGGGUCUGGAGGGCACAGGGGAGUAUUGGGGUCACAGGGAAGUGCUGGAGAUGCUGGGAUGGAAGUGGGGGGUCUUUGAGGGAGGGGCUGUGGGCUGCAGGGCCGACUUCUUGUGUUCCCCCCCAGGGCUGAAGAGGAGCCCAGCAAUGGCCGCCGAGACACUGAACUUUGGGCCGGAGUGGCUUCGGGCUCUUUCAGGGGGGGCUUCUCUCCCGUCCCCCCCCCCAUCCCCUGCCCUCCCCCGGCUCCGUUCAGCAGCCAAACGUUACGGCCGGGAGGAGAUGUUGGCGCUCUACGUCCCCGGUGAUAAGGCCCCAGAGGAGAUCCAGGAGUUCGCCGCCAUCGCUCAGGAGGAGCCGCUGCCCCCAUUGGCGCUGCUGCCAUUGACUGAAGAGGAGCAGAGGAACUUCUCGCAGUCGGUGAACAGCGUGGCUGUGCUGCGGCUCAUGGGCAGAGCUGGGGGGGGCUCCGCUGCCGGGGGGGGACGGGGCCGUGUGGGCACCCGAAGUCGAGGUCGGGGCCGUGCUGAGGGGGGUUUUUUCCCCCGUGGGGCAGAGGAGCCCGAAGGUUUCGGUCGUGGCCGAGAGGUGACCAGGAGCCAAAGCUGGGAUGACAGAGGGGAGCGACGCUUUGAGAAGCCCCCGCGGAGAGAUGGAGGCCGGGCACCCUUCGAGGAGUCAGGAGCGGGGGGGGGUCCGCGGAAGGAGCCCCCCCGUUCUGACAGCACCAACUGGAGGGCGCUGCGGGAGGAGCCGGGGGGCGACGACGAGCUGGGGGCUGGGGGGGGCAACUGGCGGCUGGGCCCCCCCCCACGGCCACACCGGGACCCACAUGGCAGGGAAGGAAGGAAGCGAGCGAUGGAGGGGAGCAGCCCACGUACCCCCCCGUUGCGGCGCCGCGGAAGCGGAACCUUCGUGGGACGUGAUGUAACGACCGAUGGAACACGGGACGGAAACGAGGAGGAUGACGGGAACCGGAAUGGCCGGACGGUAAAUCCGGGACGGAGGAACCGGGACGGGGACGUGAUCGGAAGCGGGACGCGCUGA